GGGAACACCCCCGCCCCGCCGCGCGGCUUAGUCCAAGGUUCCCCUCUUCCCGGUCAGAGCAGCCUAAUUGCCUAAGUCACCCGCUUGCCAGGAAAUCACGAGGACAGCCAAAGACUGGGGUGAAAACAUUAAGGCACCAACGUGAAUAAAAUACAAGCGAUUCCAAGUUCAUAAACCAAACUGAGGGGGCGCUCAGAGGCAAUGGCAUCAAGGGGAGGUUUGGAAAGCUCCGGAAGGUGCCUCAGCCAAUCGGGCGCGAUUAAGUUUGCACCAAUCGGGAUGGGCUGUUCGGAUAAACACACAGUCCACUGCUCUUCCUGCUCGGCGCCGGGGCCUCCCGGGUCUGUGCGGGUUGGGGGGGCCCUGAGGCGAAGGUCCUCCGCCCCCCACCUCUGCCCCUCCCGGCCCCGCCUGCAGUUCGGCGCCCCCGCGCCCCCCACCUCUGCACCUCCGGGCACCGCCUGCAACUCUGCGCCCCCCGCGACCCUGCGCCCCCCACCUCUGCCCCUUCCGGCCCCGCCUGCAGUCCUGCGCCCCCGCGCCCCCCACCUCUGCACCUCCGGGCACCGCCUGCAGUUAUGCGUCCCCGCGGCCCCUACGUCUGCACCUCCAGGCACCGCCUGCAGUCCUGCGCCCCCGCGGCCCCCACCUCUGCACCUCCCGGCACCGCCUGCAGUCCUGCGCCCCCGCGGCCCCCGCCUCUGCACCUCCCGGCCCCGCCUGCAGUCCUGCGCCCCCGCGCCCCCCACCUCUGCGCCUCCGGGCACCGCCUGCAGUUCUGCGUCCCCGCGGCCCCCACGUCUGCACGUCCCGCACCGCCUGCAGUUGUGCGUCCCGGCGCGAGGUACCCCUGUAGCCCGCACCUCUGCACCCCUGCAUCCCCUAGCGGCUGUGGCCCCAGCCCCAUUUCCACCCGCGCCCGGCCCUCCCAGCGCACAGGACCCCGGCGCCGGCCGGCCGGGACUGGCUCUGCACCAUCCCCGCCGGGUGCGUCCCCGUCACGACCAAGGACCCACAGCGCGCGCCACGCCCGCGGGUGGCGGGCCGGAGAUGGCCACCCGGGCCGGGGCUCGCUCUUCUGAGAGCCACCAGCGGUGCCAAUUAAGUGACUCGCGCGGUUUUCCCGACGCGCUUGGCUCCUCUUUCGUCGUCUUGGGAGAGAUGGAGCUUUUCAGACACAUUUGGGAGCGAGAUUGGGAGUGGGGUGGGAUGGUAGGUUCGCGUGUGGAAUUCUGGACGCGUAUAUCCGUCGUGGGCCUGGACUGGGCAACGGGCGGUCACCAGGUCGCCCUCAGUCCCCUGCCUGGCUCCCUCUGCCAUUGUCGGCAGCCCCAGGUUGUGGCCCGCCUGCUCCACGAGCCCUCUGCUGGAACGCCACAUACAUUCUUUCCCUAGCGGAGAGCUAACAACCCCUGUAAUUUCUGCAACGUAGGAAUGGGCUCAAGAAGUGGCUCUCCAUGGGGGCUGGAGUACAGCAGCCCGUGGGUGAGCUGGGCGGUGCCUCCGGUGGUUGUUUGAGCCCUUGUUCCCCGUCCGCACACCUGCCAGCAUCCCGGCUUCUCACUCCCUCUCCCCCCACACCUGCGGUUUGCCUCUCCACCCCUAGAAUUCCCAUGAAUUCUUCCCUAUUAGUUACACAGCCUCCUGCAGUGAGCCUUUCCUAGCUGUGUGAAAAUACCGGGGUCGUAUUGUUACUGUUGGGGUAUGCCCAGGCAACAGAUGAGGACAGCUGUCACACUCAGUUCCCCAGAGGAGGGUGCACAGGGCACCACCAAGUCUGCCAGAAGGCAGGGCCGGGGGCAACGUGGGCAAGACCUUUACUGUGGUUUCUGCAGGAAAGGUGAGAUAUGGCAGAGCUAGCAGGCUCAAGGCUGGCUAGUUUGAGUAUCUCCGUGGGCCCUGGGGUGCAGGGGCUAUGCCCGCUGUCUGGCACCUGCCUGGGGGACGAGGAGGGCAGACAGAUCGUGUGAGAGGCGGCAGUCGGGGGGCCCGUGGGCUCUGGGUUGCUGAGUUUGCAGAUGAGAGGCAUGCUCCUGGGUAAAUCUGUUUCCUAUCCGUAGGAUUGGGUAGUCCUGGGACGGGACGUGCUGGGGCCACAAAGCCCCGGACGUCAGGGCAUCAGGUUGCAGAAACUAGGAGGCGCGGUGACUACUAGCACUUGCUCUGCUCUUCCCACCAGGACCUCCGUCUUCUCUCUUCCUCAGGGGGCUGCUUCUGUGGGUUCCCCGGUCUCGGCCCACCUGGGUCUCCCUCUCCUCUUCUCCACGCCUGUGUAAACGUCCCUGUGCUCUGGGAAGUCAAGCCUGUGCUGGACUGCAGCAGUGAGGAUGGGCCUAGGUGGGCUGGGGCAUGCAGCCCAGAGCCUGGCUCAACAGGGGCCCUGACAGAGGGCAGAAUCGGAGCCCUGUGCUCAUGACGCCCCAUGGAUGCCCUGCUCCUUGGGCCUCCCGGUCUACAGCUGAGCCAUCACCCUGCCUGGCCCUUGGGUGUGCUGGGGAUAUAUAUGGCUGUCAUCCCCAUGGCUCAGCAUGUGCUCCUUGGAGUGUGCAAGAAUCCAAAUGUCCCAAACUGGAGCCAGGAAGGAAGUGUGUUGGUGUUCUUGCCCGUCAUCAGGGCCGGAGUGUCAUGGGGUGAUUUUGUCAUCCCCCCCCCCCCCCCGCAAACUCAUGUUUGGAGCUUGGAGUGUGACUGCAUUUGGUAAUAGGAUCUUGAAACAGGUGAUUCAGGUAACACAAGGUCACUACGGUAGGUCCUAAUCCAACAGGACUGGUGUCCUUUUCAGAGGUCAGGGCAGAGACACACCCUGAGGGACAACCGUGUGAGGACAUGGAGAGAAGACAGCGUGUGCAUGCCAAGGAGAGAGGCUUCCAACGGAACCAGCCCUGCCCACGCCUGCAUCUCCGACUUGCAGCCUCCAGGAGGGGGAGAUGGAGAGAUACACAGCUGAAAAUCCUUUGGGGCUAGAGGCGUCCCUGCUGAGCCCCAAGUCACCCUGGAAAGCCUGGGACCCAGACAUGUCUCUACGGAACCUCCAACUAUCGUUUCUGGUGCAGAUGAGCAUCCCUGACUUGUGAACGCCUUUGGCCUGGCCAAUGAUCCCAUCAAAGAUCUCCCCGCCGGGGCCUGAAGGGACGAAGGCGGCCAUCCCUCUCCCAGGCCUCCGGCAAAAUGUACAACCAAAUAUAAGUGAUCAGAGGAGUGGAGGAUAUUUGAAAAUCAUGGGGUGUCCGUGCACAGGGCUUGGGAAGAAAGCAUAGGAGGUGCCUAAAGAGACAGGGCGGGCAUGAGAAAUCCGCGUGGGGCGCGCGGGGACGCGGCAGAGGCGACAGAUGCCAGCCCCGGACAGCGCACAGAACCGCGACGGAGGGUUGAAGGGCUCCCCCGAAAGCCGUGGGCCUUCCCGGAAGCUGCCCAGGACCUCCAGUUUCCCAAAGUCCAGGUCUACUACGAAGGGUAAGGGGGGACCAGUGGGGUCGGGGCCCUGUGGCCGCAGCCAGCUGCAGGUGGCCGGGCAGGGACACGGCCGCGAGCCCGACGGGACGACGUCCGAGGAGGGCCAGCGAGGACGGGACGCGGCGGAGGGGCGCACGCCGGGGCACCGGACCCCCACUCCCGCGGACCGCACCCCGCUCCGGCCACAGGCCGGCGGACAUCCCCUCCUGCGCUCGGAAGCGGGCGUUUCGUAGCAGUUACAGCGAGAGCGCACUGGAGACACGGGUGCGGCGGGCUACGCGGGACGGACGGCGCCCCACACGCCCUCGCUUUCGCCUCUGCACUGCCACUUUCCCGCGCUGCUCCAGCCCCGCCGCCCCGCCGCCCCGGCCCCCCCGGCCCCCCGGGACUCCUUCCGGCGCGCCAUUUUGGGCCUUUCCCAUCGUGCCCCGGGAACCCGCUAUGUAAAUGUAUGAUAAUGAGGCCGGGGGUUCUUCGGAGCGGUGGGUACGGGGAGAGCGCAUGCGCGGCCUGGGGCUUUAGGGGGAGGUUCUCCCCGACAGUUUGAAAAGUUGGCCCUGCUUCGGUCCUUGGCCUGGGGGCCGGGAGGUCCGGCUCGCUGCGCGCCCCCUCCCCCGGCUGGCUCGCUGCACCUCCCCCCACCCCCCGCCCCGGCUGGCUCACUGCUGGCUGGCUGCGCCCCGCGCCCCCGGCUGGCUCUCUGCGUCCCCCCCUCCACCCCGGGCUGGCUCACUGCGCGCCCCGCCCCCGCUGGCUGGCUGCGCCGCCACCCCCCCCCCCCGCGGCUGGCUGCACCCCCACCCCCACCCCCGGCUGGCUCACUGCUCGCCCCCCAUGGCUGGCUGCGCCCCCACCUCCGGCUGGCUCGCUGCACCCCCUCCCCCCUACUGGCUCGCUGCCUAUCCUCCCCCACGCAGCUGGCUCGUUGCGUCCCCAGGCCCACCCCCGCGCUGGCUGCCUUCUGCAUCACGCACGUGUCAUGGCAAUGAAAGUUACCUACCUACCUGCCAUUCCUUUUCUGUAGGCCAGAUGUGACGUUUGCACCGAGUCAGAUUUUUUUUUUUUUUAAGUGAAAAGUCUCCCCCAGACGUGGGGUCGAACUCUCCACCGGUAGACCAAGAGCCCUGCGCCCCGCAGUCAGCUCUCCGUACACACCCUGGGGUCCUCCGUCAGUUGCCUGCACGCAGAGCUGACAGGGUCUCUCCCGUCCCCCUGCACAGCCUGGGUGACCCCAAAUGCCAUAGAACACAGGUCAAACACGCAGGGUGGACGCGGGAUAACUAUUCCCUGUGAUGAAAAGCGUUAGGGUCGUUGGCUGGGGCCCCCAGAAUUAGACUGACAAAGUGAACACGUUAAUGAGAGAAAAACAGUUGAUUCCUACCCGUGGGACACAUCCCUUGGAAGAAACCCACGUGAUGACUAACGCUGGGAUUGUCAGGACUCAGGCGUACAAGGCGUCUUAACAAGGCAUUUGUGAAGAGGGGACAUGGGGAAAGAGGGUUUCGGGCUUCCAAGGAUGGCGAGCUAUGGCAAGGUGCACGUUUGGGGGCAGCUUACAAGAGUCAUUAGUGUAGGUCCAUGGGGGCGCCCACUUUCUGUGUUCUUCAGGCCUUGGAACUUCCGUGGGAGAGGGGAUGCGGGCCACUUCUCGUCUCUCAUAGCGCCUGCCUCUAGUCAGAUGAGGGGAGCUCAGGGAAGGCCUCUUUCUGCAUCUGCUGAUGCAUCUGCAGCUCAAAAUACUCUUCAUGCCAAAGUGGCACCUCUUGGGGCCCUUUCUGUUCUUACCCUACCGAAACCUUUACUUAUGUCCUACUGGUCUAUUGUUGUUUCAAAAACAAACCAGUUUGUCACAGUCUUAUAGACAAUACUCAGAUUUUUUUCAUCACUGCCAAUCUAAUCCCAAAACAUUUUUUUUUAAAGAUUCUAUUUAUUUCUUUGACAGAGAGAGACACAGCAAGAGGGAAUAAACAUUUUUUUUUUUAAGAGUUUCAUUUAUUUGACAGAGAGAGACACAGCGAGAGAGGGAACACAAGCAGGGGGAGUGGGAGAGGGAGAAGCAGGCCUCUCGCGGAGCAGGGAGCCCGAUGCGGGGCUCCAUCCCAGGACCCCGGGACCACGACCCGAGCCGAAGGCAGACGCCCAACGACUGAGCCACCCAGGCGCCCCGGGAACAAACAUUUUCUAUGAAUCCAUUUAGAAUAUGAUCUUGAGAGAAAGAGAAGUGGUUCGGAACGCAGCCUGAUGAAUUGAGAAUUCUGCCCGUUUGUGGGGAGGCAUGCUCUUAUUUAAUGCUUUGGGCUCAGUGUGGUGGGAAUUCAAGACACCCAGAGCCAGCCCAGCAAAUGUCCCGCUGUCUUGUGGGUGUUCAUGAAAUGUAAUGCUGAGCAAUAAUCCAGAUCAUCGCCCACGCUGAUUCUGCCUCUGACCUGGAAGUGGGAAUCUUCCAUUUUCUGGAUGGUUCUGGAGGCAGAUGAGGGAGCUUCUUUGCCCCGUCCACCCAACACUUGUCCUCAAAGAGCAACCGCUAAGUCUCUCACCUGGAGGGUGCAGAGGGAGCCGGAGAAAUGCCGGGUGAUACCUUUUAGUCUUGGGAAGUGAGGAUGCCAUACAGCACAAUUUGGAUUCUGCUGGUCCUAAAAGAGGAUGGGAUGUUGUGAUCGGAACCUCUGACCUACUGCCAUAUCAGUCAGAAGUACCAGUGACACCUGGACUGGCAAUUGGCAUCUGAAUUUGGGAAAAGUCUUGUAGGACUCAGCCCUUAACCUGUGGGGUCUAACAUGAUCCUUGGGAAGAAUUCACUUACAUUGUACAAUACGCAGCUGGUAUCACAGAGAAUGGCUUGAUGUGGGGGAAAAGCCCACACCGGAAUCUGGAGCAGACCUGGGGGCUCUGAAACAAUCUUUGCUAUUCCUUAUUUCCAGAAAUCUCUCAUGCACACAUUUUCUCUCUUUUUAAACAUUUAUUCGUUUCAGAGGUAGAAUUUAGUGAUGCAUCAGUUGCAUCUAACACCCAGUGGUCAUUACAUCAAGUGCCCUCCUUAAUACCCGUCACCCAGUUACCCCAUCCGCCCACCCCACCUCCCCUCCAGCCACCCUCAGUUUGUUGCCUACAGCUAAGAGUCUCUUACGGUUUCCCUCCCUCUCAAUUUUCAUCUUAUUUUUCCUUCCCUUCCCCAUGUUCAUCUGUUUUGCUUCUUAAAUUCCACGAAUAACUGAAACCAUAUGAUAAUUGACUCUCUGCUUGACUUAUUUCACUUAGCAUCAUCUCCUCCAGUCCCAUCCAUGUUGAUGUAAAAGUUGGGUAUUCAUCCUUUCUGAUGGCUGAGUAAUAUUCCAUUGUAUAUAUGGACCACAUCUUCUUUAUCCAUUCAUCUGUUGAAGGGCAUCUCGACUCUUUCCACAGUUUGGCUAUUGCGGACAUUGCUGCUAUGAACAUUGGGGUGCAACUCACGCACACGUUUUCAAACUGAUGGCUACUACGACUUGCUUAUUCUGUAUGAGUGGAAAUUUUGAAGCUUUUGUGUUUUCCCCAAAUAGUGAUGCGACAAACAUUUCUCCAAACCAAACCAAGCCAAAUCAGGAACGGCUUUAUUUCCAUGUUGGGUUAUUUUAAUAGUACAUAUUUUGAAAAAAGGAAUUCCAAAAGGUUAUGAAAAAUCUGGAGGUCCUUAUUUUUGCUGUAUUUGCAAAAUCCAGUUUUGGGGAGUCUGUUAACUUAAUAAUAAAGAAAAGUCCUACUAUUUCUUAGUAACUGGUCAGUGUGGUUUUUUCCCCCCCACAUCUAUGUUCUGAACAAAAGAUUCAAAGCAGCCGUGUCUUGAUUUCAAAAAGGAAAGAAAAUUCUGUUAUUAUAGAAACCUAAUAGAAGAAAAGAAUCUACACAUCUGUGUAAUAGCAGGCAACAAAUGCGAAUUAGGCAAAGUAACAUCCUAUCAGGCACGUACAACAUCGAGCCUCAUCAGCUGGGGGUGCCCGCUGGAGACAGCCAGGCUGGAGUCCCCACCGAGGCCUCGACAGGGCAUCCUCCCCAUCAGGUGAGACUUGCAACGGACCGGCCCCAUAAGGACCCUAUUUAUAGGGCAAAUGACGGGGUCUGAAGUCAAACAUCUGUUUGCCUAGGAGGAGCGAGCUGCAUUUCCAUGUUUUCAUGUUUCUGAUGGGGUUUUGUAAGUGAGGGUCGGUGGGGUGAGGUCCGGAGCUGACAACCAAGAAAGAAUUCUUGAGAUAUCUGUGGUGCAAAACGGUGGUUUUCUUAAAGCACGGGGACAGGACCCGUGGGCAGAAAGAACUUGCUGCCCCAGGGGCGUUAUAAUUGGCUGAUUAUACACUUGGCAGUUGGGGGAAGUAAGGAAGGGGAGGUUUCAAAAGGAUUUUUG